UCUACCCAUAUGUCAGUCAACUAAUCUUUGCUUCCUGGUUCUCCUGGCUGUCAGAGUUGUAUCACGGUUCUCCCGGCGUUAUCAUCAAUUGAACAUAGAAAAUCAGAACAGCAUCAAUGGCGUUCCGGAAGGCCUUGAAAGGGACAGCUAUCAUCGGGACUGGGGCGGCCGCUGCUCUUCUGGGCCUAUCACAACUGUCGGAAUACAGAAAGACACAGGCACGGCUGGCGUACGUAGCGGCGGAGGGGGAGUUAAAGCAGCCCUUUAAAGAUGAGCUCCCAACCAGACAGGCUCAGCUCUCCACCCUGCAAGACACUGAGGAGUUUGACGUCCUUGUCGUAGGGGGAGGGGCCACGGGCUCCGGAUGUGCCUUAGACGCUGUCACACGCAACCUCAAGACUGCCCUGGUGGAGAGGAAUGAUUUCUCAUCGGGGACCAGCAGCCGGAGCACCAAGCUCAUCCACGGGGGAGUACGAUACCUCCAAAAGGCCAUCAUGAAGUUAGAUUACGAACAGUACAUGAUGGUGAAAGAGGCUCUCCACGAGCGCUCCAACCUGCUAAACAUCGCCCCUCAUCUGUCUGCCCCACUACCCAUCAUGCUCCCUGUUUACAAAUGGUGGCAGCUGCCAUACUACUGGGCUGGUAUAAAGAUGUACGACCUGGUAGCUGGAGGCCAGUGUCUGAAGAGCAGUUAUGUCCUCAGUAAGAACAAGGCUCUGGAACUCUUCCCCAUGCUGAAGAAAGACAAGCUGGUGGGAGCCAUCGUCUACUAUGAUGGACAGCAUAACGAUGCUCGUAUGAACCUGGCGAUCGCCCUGACAGCAGCCAGACAUGGUGCUGCCAUCGCUAACUACACAGAGGUGGUCCACCUGCUGAAGAAAGCAGACGCAGGGACGGGCAAGGAGAAGGUCUGUGGGGCGCGCUGCAGGGACGUUAUCACAGGAAAUGAAUUUGACGUCAAAGCCAAAUGUGUCAUUAACGCCACGGGACCGUUCACUGACUCUCUGAGGAAGAUGGACGACGGGAAAAACACUAAUAUCUGCCAGCCCAGUGCUGGGGUUCACAUAGUUAUCCCUGGUUAUUACAGUCCUGACAACAUGGGUCUCCUGGACCCGGCAACCAGCGACGGCCGUGUCAUCUUCUUCCUACCCUGGGAGAAGAUGACCAUAGCCGGGACGACGGACACGCCCACUGACAUCACCGCCCACCCCAUCCCCAGGGAGGAAGACAUCAACUUCAUCCUGAACGAAGUCCGCAACUACCUCAGCCCUGAUGUAGAGGUGAGGAGAGGAGACGUCCUGGCAGCGUGGAGUGGGAUCCGUCCUCUGGUCACUGACCCCAACUCUAAAGACACCCAGUCCAUCUGCAGGAACCACAUAGUCAACGUCAGCGACAGCGGCCUGGUCACCAUUGCAGGUGGGAAGUGGACAACGUACCGCUCCAUGGCAGAGGAGACCCUGGACGCCGCGGUUGCAGCCCACAGGCUGGGGGGCGGGCCCAGUAAGACAGUGGGCCUGGUGCUGGAGGGGGGCCAAGACUGGAGCCCCACCUUGUACAUCCGACUGGUGCAGGACUACGGCCUGGAGAAUGAGGUUGCCCAGCACCUGGCGGCAACGUACGGGGGGAAAGCAUUUGACGUGGCCAAGAUGGCGCGGGUCACUGGGAAGAGGUGGCCCAUCGUAGGGAAUAGACUGGUCUCUGAAUUCCCUUACAUUGAGAGUGAGGUGAGGUAUGCUGUUAAGGAAUAUGCCUGUACGGCCAUCGAUGUGAUCGCCAGGCGCACACGGCUGGGUUUCCUCAACGUGCAGGCUGCUGAUGAGGCUCUGCCACGCAUCGUAGACAUCAUGGGCAAGAUGCUGGACUGGAGCGACAAAAAGAGGACGGAGGAGCUGGAAGCUGCUAAGAAGUUCCUGUACCUUGAGAUGGGCUACAGGUCCCGCUCUGAGCAGCUGACUGGGACCACAGAGAUCACACUGGACACACAGGAAGUGGCAAAGUACACAAACCGGUUCCACAAGUUUGACAAAGACAGUAAAGGCUUCAUCACCACAGUGGACGUUCAGAGGGUCUUACAGAACAUCAGUGUCCAGAUUGAUGAGAACGCUCUCCAUGAAAUCCUCAACGAAGUGGACCUCAACAAGAAUGGACAGGUGGAGCUGAACGAGUUUUUACAGCUGAUGAGUGCUGUGAAGAAGGGCCAGGUUUCUGACAGCAGGUUGGCCAUCCUGAUGAAGACCGCUGAGGAGAGCCUGGAUCUGAGGGGACCUGUGACUGUGGACCGCAGUGGAGGAGGGGUGUGAGGGGAACCCAUCCGCACCACCACACCGUGCCACCACACCGCACCACCACACCGUACCACCACACCGUACCACCACACUGUACCACCACACCGUACCACCACACUGUACCACCACACUGUACCACCACACCGCACCACCACACCGUACCACCACACCGUGCCACCACACCGCACCACCACACCGUACCACCACACAUUACCACCACACAUUACCACCACACAUUACCACCACACAUUACCACCACACAUUACCACCACACAUUACCACCACACAUUACCACCACACCGUACCACCACACAUUACUACCACACCACACCGCACCACCACACAUUACCACCACACCGUACCACCACACCGUACCACCACACCGUACCACCACACCGUACCACCACACAUUACCACCACACCGCAACACCACACAUUACCACCACACCGUACCACCACACCGCACCACCACACAUUACCACCAUCGUACCACCACACCGUACCACCACACAUUACCACCACCGUACCACCACACUAACCAGAGCUGUGGUGCUAAGAAUGACGAUGAUGAAAGGGAUGAUUUGUAAAGAACAAGAGUACAAACUAGAUUUUUAUCCUAAAUAGAUCUAGGUGAGUAUGUGUCAACGCUGAGUGUUUUAUUGUGAAGUUGAGGCUAGAUUGGGGCGGCAGGUAGCCUAGUGGAGCGUUGGGCCAGUAACCGGAAGGUCAGUGUGUCCUUAAACAAGGCGUGUAAAUCGCUCUGGAUAAGAGAGUCUGCUAAAUGACUAAAAUAUAAAAUGUAGUUUGAUGUUAGACAUUUUUUAUAAUAAUUCUUUGUAUUGAUAUUUUCAUGGAGGGAGACAGGGACUAUCUGGACAGUUUUCCAUCACACUGGAUUCUCACUACUACAAAGUCAAUGGGUUUGACAAUCAGUGCCUCUGACAUAAAGCUGUAACUCACAGUUCAUACUGUCUUUAUAAUCUUAUCAAUGCUUCGCCUUAUAUGGCUUUGUAAUAUAGUUUAUUGUUAUAUUAUUCAGUCUUAUUUUUGUUAUCGGUGUCUUAUUGAUGUCCACAUUUCACUGGAACUGUACUUUGGAUGUGGUUCUUCUGCCCUUUCUCCAAUACAAGAACCAGUUCUGCCUGGUUCCACCUGGUUCCGCCUCGUUAGGGACAGCCGGCAUUACAGUACCAUGCAGUUUAUUCACACUCAGCUUAACGUUUCCACGUCUUCGUUUCUGACUUCAUCAUGUUACUUUACAUCACUGUUCCUCGCCGCAGUGCCAUUGUAUAUUUAAGCAAUAAGGCCUGAGGGGGUGUGGUAUAUGGCUAAUAUACCACGGCUAAGGGCUGUUCUUAUGCAUGACGCAACGCGAAGUGCCUGGAUACAGCCCUUAGCCGUGGUAUAUUGGUCAUAUAUCACAAACCCCCGAGGUGCCUUACUGCUAUUAUAAACUGUUUACCAACUUAAUUAGAGCAGUAAAAAUAAAUGUUUUGUCAUACCUGUGAUAUACCACGGUUGUCUGCCAAUCAGCAUUCAGGGCUUGAACCACCCAGUUUAUAAUGGCCAAUAUACCACUGCUAAGGGCUGUUAGUCACGACGCGAAGUGGAGUGCCUGGAUACAGCCCUUAGCUGUGCUAUAUUGGCUAUAUACCUCUAACCCAUGAGGUGCCUUAUUGCUUUAUAAACUGGUACAGAUAAGUUACCAACAUAAAAAGAACAGUGAACAAGGAUUUGUGUCAUACCGUUGGUAUAUUGUCUGAUAUACACACAGCUGAAAUGCUGUUUCAGCUAAUCAGCACACAGGACCAAACUAGCCGGUUUAUAAUAAGGCUUUUUUCCUGGCACACCGGUGACAACGACAUUUCUAUAUCUGCUGCCUGCUAGCUAGCAUACACUGGUCUAUCUAAUGCACCUUAAGUAACUGACUCCAGCUUUAUCCUUACUGUUUUUAAAAUCAUGGCAGAAUGAAUGUUUUUUUACUACUGUUAUUGCUACGUCAUUAUAUAUAUUUUUUAAUUAAUUAUUGUAACGUUAUUCACUCCUUCCAUCUUCCAAUGACCUUGACAAGAUAGUUAGACGUAUGAGUGGUGGUGAGAUGUACGUCUCAUGCUGAGAGGAUUAACAGCACAAUCUGGAACUUUCCUUUCCAGUCGAAUAUGCUGCCGCUGCAUUGGUUUGUACACUGAAGGUAACCACAGUUACAUUUGCAGAGAGUUACAAAUUGUGCCUUUUUAAGUAUUGUAUGGAAAUGUCUCUUCACUGUCUGUAUCUGUCUGCAGUGCACCUGAGCUUGUACAGUAUUUGUACUAUUACUAAGUUAAUACUUGCAGUUCUGCUGAUUAUUUGCGGUUUUAUAGAGUGAAGCGGUUGAAGGGAAAUGUAUGAUCUGGGCCUUGCUUUCAAACACGGUAUGACGUCAUACGAAUUGAACCUAUUCCAACUCAUUCCUCUAUAUUUUACAUAUUUGAACUGUCUUAAUGUUGCAGUUAUUAUAAAGCAUGUAAAGAUACAUAUUCUAUAACAUUUUUAAAGAAAAUGUGUAUUUUACGAAUGGAUAAAAGGAACAUAACAUUUUUUGAUAGUGUUCUGACUGGUUCUUAAUAUUGGUCUUAGCAUGUUUGUAAUACAAUUUGCGUGUGUUCUUGUUUUGUCUAAAAAGGCUGAAAGAAUCAUUCUAGAGGUUUCCGCUAUGUACGCUUACUGUAACUGAAUCCAACCUUGUGUAUCAGAUUUUUGCCACAUGGGAGUUUUCAGUACAAUGCCUUGACAGCCAGGGCCAACUUUGUCUAUGUUUGCUUGUCUGCUUGGAUGAAAUUCCAGCCUUAUCCAGAUUGAAAGAGAUCCAUAGUCCUCUGUUUUCAAUAAACACUGGAAGUCGAUCUCAAAUGCUUUUCCGAGACACACUGCAAUUAUGUCAUUAAAUGUAUCUGGUUGCUAACAA